AGCAUGGGUGAAUGCGGGCGCACACCGGAGCAAUGCGCAAAAAACGGAUGCAUCUUUGACCUCAUGAUGUCCGGCUGGGUGCACCCACCAUGCUAUGAUGAAGAGCUGUCCAAUCAAUUCCUGCGCGAAAACAACUUUGCAUUCUUCCACGACCGUGCUGGGACGCAGCCACUUAGUGAGGCUGAGGCAAGGUUAGGAUUGUAUCGCACGAUAUACACAAAUGGUACAUUUCAUUACCAGCACUGCACGUAUCUGUGGGCAAAGCAACUGCGCGCACGGCUGAAGAAGCCGUAUGUUUUGGACUCGGAUUCUCGUUCGGUGGAGCAUGUUCAGCACUGUUUGCAUCGUGUGGGCGCGCCAAAUGCUACGCAAGUUGUGUUGCAGACAGGGACAACUUUGCAUGCUGGAAGGUGGCAACUAGAUUGUAUA